UAUGUUGGUGCUCUAUAUAUAUAAAGGCCAGCAUUUACUGAACAAUAAUUCACACGAAGUGUUCUUAUAUAUAUUGCAGUUGAAAAAAAGAGAGAAAUUAGAUGAUGAUGAUGCAAGAUGUCUGGACUCAGUUGGGUCCAACUAUUGCAACAAUCAUGUUUGCCUGGACCAUGUACCAAAACUAUUUUCCUCACGAACUUCGUGGUCAUAUUAGGAGGUAUACCGAUAAACUCGUGACCUAUUUCUACCCUUAUAUGCACAUUAUUUUUCAUGAGUAUGAAACUGAUGGCUGGUUCGAGCGUAGCAAAGCUUAUGUAGCAAUUGAAAGGUACCUAAGCAAGAACUCCUCCACACAAGCUAAGCGUCUCAAAGCCAACGUAGUCAAAGAUGGCCAAUCUCUUGUACUAACAAUGGAUGAUCACGAAGAGGUAACCGAUGAAUAUAAAGGCGAGAAAGUCUGGUGGAUUUCUAGCCAACAAAUAGCCAACAGACAGACAAUUUCUUGGUACCCUAGGGAGGAUGAGAAGAGGUAUUUCAAACUCAAGUUUCACAGAAAGAACCGCGAGCUUAUCACCGCUUCAUACUUGAAGUAUGUGUUGGAUGAAGGGAAGGCAAUUUCAGUAAGAGAAAGGCAGAGAAAGUUGUACACAAACAAUAAGGGAGAUGGUGGGUAUGGAUACAGGAGGAGAAUGUGGAGCCAAGUAGUGUUUGAACAUCCAUCAACAUUUAAUACUUUAGCAAUGGAGCCAAACAAGAAACAAGAGAUUAUGGAUGAUCUUCAAACAUUUAGCAAGUCAAAAGACUAUUAUGCCAAGAUUGGCAAGGCAUGGAAGCGUGGUUAUCUUCUAUAUGGUCCUCCAGGAACCGGUAAGUCUAGCAUGAUUGCUGCAAUGGCUAACUUCUUACAAUAUGAUGUCUAUGAUCUUGAAUUGACAGCGGUUAAGGACAACACCGAGCUAAGAAAAUUAUUGAUAGAUACUACUAGUAAGUCUAUCAUUGUGAUUGAAGACAUCGACUGUUCGCUUGACCUUACCGGCCAAAGGGAGAAGAAGAAAGACGACAAGGAAGAGGAAGUAAAAGACGAGAAAGAUGCCGUCAAGGAGAAGAUGAAAAAUCCAGAGGAGAAAAAGCAAAGCGAGGUGACUUUAUCUGGGCUUUUGAACUUUAUUGAUGGGUUAUGGUCAGCUAUUGGUGGUGAAAGGCUUAUUGUUUUCACUACCAACUUUGUGGAAAAGCUUGACCCUGCUUUAAUUCGGAGGGGAAGGAUGGAUAAACACAUUGUGCUAUCAUACUGUUGCUUUGACUCCUUCAAGGUGCUUGCAUAUAAUUAUCUAGACACUGAGUCUCAUGAUCACUUUCCUGAGAUUCGUCGUUUAUUGGGGGAAACUAAUAUUACUCCGGCUGAUGUUGCUGAGAACUUAAUGCCCAAGUCUUCUAAGGAAAAUGCAAACACUUGUUUGGAGAGACUGAUUAAAGCUCUUGAAAAUGCAAAGGAAGAGGCAAAAUUGAAGGCUGAGGAAGAAGAGAGAGAAAAGGCUAAGAAGGAGAAAGAGGAGAAAAAUAAAGAAGCAGCUGCUGAAGAAGCCAAGAAUACUGAUAAAGUGAACGAAAAUGGGAAGUCGAACAGUAAUAUUGUCAAGGAAAAUCCAGAGGGUAAUGUUGCUAAGGAAAAUGGUAAAUCAGAAAAUAAUGGUGUCAAGGAAAAUGGUGAUGUUAGUAAAGGUUGAUCAUGAAAAUGAUUGAUUAAUUAGGAGUUCCACUUAAAACUAGGAUCCAAUAAUUUUGAGUAGUUUUAUUGUGUUCACAUUGUUGACUUUGUUAUUCAAGCUAUUCGGAUGGAAGUAGUGGACGUCGCAAACUAUAUUUAGUAUUGGUAUACCUUCUUGUGAAAUAUAACAUUUUCAUAAUUUAGUGAUA